AUGGAGGCUCUCUUAGGGCCCCAGGACCCUUAUCGCGAGGACUUGCGCUCAGCUCUCACAAGCGUAAAACGAUCUGGCACGUUCAGCUGUGGUGGCUCGUUGAUAUUCUGCAGUCCUCCUGGACUAGAAAUCCCCGGAGUUGGCCCCAUCGGCUUACCGCUCAUUCAACAGCAAGCGCAGGCUUUGGCUUCCCAAGCACGUGCAGGACCAAGAGCAGCGAUUGGGGACCACUACCCGUGGGGUCAAGGUUUGCAGCUCUUACCCACGGAGUUCAACCUGGCAGGUCUCGGUUGGGAGACCCAAGUGAAGCAGAUCGUAAAUGAGAGGGUGAAACCAGGAUUACGCCUUUCGACGUCAACAAGGGUGGUACCAAGGCUGAACAAGCUCCUUCUGUACGAUGCUGGUGGCUUCGCCAAAGGUCACUACUGGGACAAGGAGAAAAGGGCCGACGAUUCUUUUGGUACUCUGAUGAUUGUGCUCCCAACAGCUCGUGCAGGAGGAGAGUUGGUCGUGCGCUAUUGGGGUCAGGAAAGUACAUUCGACUUUGCAAGAGACGGCUUCUACAACAUCAGCUAUGCGGCCUUCUUUGCCAACUGUGAGCACGAGGUCCUGCCGGUCCGAACCGGAUUUCUUCUGGCGCUCAUCUACGACCUUGUUGCUGAGGGGUUCGCCUGUGUCCCACAGCCCGCUGAUAACAAUAGAGCUGUGAGAACAAUCCGAGAGUUGAUGAGGGACUGGAGCCAAGACAGCUGUGGGCCUCAGAAGCUCGUGAUCCCACUCACGCACCUGUACUCCGACAGCAUCUUGUCCUUCGAAAGCCUCCAGGGGACAGAUCUUGCGACAGUCGACGCUUUGCUGCAAGCUUCCAAAGUCCCUGGGGGUCAACUUUUCCACCCCUACAUCGGUCUGCUGCAAAGAGGCUAUUCCAGCUUCCCGCAAGAGAAGAGCCCUCCAAUGGAACUCACGGACGUAAGAGGCUGCGAGGGACAGCAGGAGUGGUACUAUCGUCUUGAAGUCAACCUUGAGGAGCUGAUUCCUGGGACUGCUCCCUACCUUUCUGCGGAUGACGCAGAACCGGGGUUUCUGGAUGAGUUCAACGUAUCCCGUAAGGCCGCAGUUGUGAUCUGGCCGCACACCAGCCGCUGGGAGGUGCGCAGUACCAAUUGUGCGGGGGCAGCGCUUGCGGAAGCCGCCUCGCUGUCCGAGAUUGUAGCAGCCUUGCCGCGGCUUCUCGAGGCUGCUUGCCUGAGCACAGGCCGCUUCUCUCCCGGCGAAUCCCAGACUGUGGCCGACCUGGUGCUCGAGCACGGUCAAGUUUAUGCCGUGACAGAGCUGUCCCGUGCUCUGAAGGCUUUGGCCGUGCACGCAGCUGGCCGGCUCUUUGGCCAGCCGGCGAGUCAACUGGUUCACCUGGUCAUCCGUCACGGUGACGUGGAGCUAGCGAAGGCUUUCCUCCAAGGGUACGUCAGCCCGCAAUACGAGCACGGCGUCGUUGCUUCCCUCGCAGCCCGUUUUGGUUGGAAGACUCUGGGACCCCUCAUCGUAGGCGCCGCCCUGCGAUCAUUUUCUCCUCCUGUCUUCGAACGCGGCCUCUUGCUACUGUGUGAAAUCGCUCCCCCCCAACAAGCGAGCGAACUGCACGGGACUGGCACGGCGAUAUCUGGCUCAGUUACGGACUCAACGGAACGAGGUUUCGACAAGCUCUUCCGAGGAGGCGAAUCCGUUGAGGGUCACGAUUUGGACCAGCCUGACAGUGAGCGAGCAGAAGUGUCUCGACAAGCUAUGGAAGCGGUCGUGGCAAAGAUCUGUGGCGCCCAAACACCUGCCCUUCUGAGUUUCAACAGCUCCGAAACGAUGUUCGGCCCUGGGAGCUUUCAAGUGACCGGCCAGUAUCUGAAGGUCAUCGAGCGAUUCGGGUUUCAGGAGUACUUUGCGGGCAGGUUAGUCGACGUCUUGCUCUCCGAAGAGGACCCACUAUUUAAACUGGGGUGUUCUCCACCAAGUGCGCGCAGCUCCAACUUCGUCAGCGAUCUGAUGGCAACCCUCGACCGCUUAGCAUUCAGCAGCGAGAGGAUGGAAGCUGUCGUUGCCCAGUUCUUCGUUACUCCAAAACUCCACAACUUAGAGGUCACCCUUCUCCCUGCCGUUGAGCAGCUUCUUCGAUAUCUAGGAAGCCGCUACAAGGACAGCUCCUGGUUUCUGAAACUGUACUGGGGGUGCCUUGACGCCCUCGAGAACCGCUGUGUGAAACCCCCCCCGCUCGAUGUGUGGGUCCUCCCAACCGCGAGCGCCUGCGCCUGUAGAGACUGCAAGAUACUGAUCCAAUUUUGCAUGGAUCCUUUUCGGGUGGAACUUGAGCUGAAGUGCCCGGGGCGCGACUCCAAAGAGCAUCUCAUCGACAGUGUCGAGAGGAACCGAAUGCCCAUCAUCAUAACCAACCAGGAGUCGGCGCUUGAGAGCGACUCUGCACCACUCUCCUGCAUCAAGAUGGGUGCCGAGGAAGACUUUGAUCAGAGGAUUGUGGACCUGCAUUCUAGAAUGCAAGCGGAGUACGAAAGCAACAUGAGCAGGAUACAGUAUAUGAGAGCAUUGAUAGGGGAGAAAUGCGGGAAUUUUUGGUCAGUAGUCGACGCUUUGAAGCAAGAGCACGAAAAUUGGGACUUUCACGAGAAUUUGAUUGGAUAA